GUUCUGACUGCGACGCCGGUGGUGACCACGACUGACCUCUUGCCCCCAUUGUUGCAGUGUAAUUAUACCCUCCCUCAUGUAGUUUAUUUUAAUGCUUACAUUUCAUAUACCAAGCCGAUGUCUGUAACUGUAAAGUGUUGUCAUCCUGAGAGACAGACAAGUAAACAACAAUACCCGCCACGGGAGGCGACAGAUAAAGCUGUGAGGUUCUGUUGAAAGUAAAAGUCCUCCCGCUUUACAGUUUACCUUUGGGAGGGCAUAACAUGUUAGUUCAAUGAGUGCAUUUUCUAAAGUCUUUACAGUGUGAAAUGUAUUGAAUUAAGUGUGAAGUGAUGAGGAUAAGGGCGACAACGAUUGUUCAGCAACAGCAUGUAACUGUGAUGGCCUCCAGUAGCAGCCUGCAGUGGGCGAGAAGCACGUGAUGUGGUGUCACGUGACUAUCACGAGUGCCCGCUCUGCCAAGUGGACGUCGUGGGGAGUAGAGGACAACUGUAGUAACAUGAGCUGGUGCUUCUCCUGUUAUCUCCCCUACCUGUUGGUGUGCUGCUGACGUCAGCUAUACUGCACGGAUUAGCUUUCACUGACCAUGGAAGUGUGAAGGUUCACUGUGAGGAAAGAGUAUAAAUGUGGGUGACACACCUGUCAGCACCUACACAGGUAAACAUGUCUUCAGCAACACUCCUCCUGCUGCUGGCUCUUGGGGGCGUGUGCCAUUGUUUUCGGUGUCCCCCCUCAUGGGUUCCUUAUGGCAAUUCUUGCUACACCUACAUUUCACAAUCACUCACCUGGCCAGACGCAGCCAACCGCUGCAGGGCUAUUGGAGGCUACCUCGUUGAAAUCACAUCUCGUUCGGAAAAUAAUUUUGUGCAGAGUUUGAUAGGAAGAAGCAGUGUCUGGAUGGGAAUCAACAAGUUGCGCAAUGGACGCUGGGUGCUGACGUCCAGUGGCAGACCCUUGCCCUACGCCAACUGGGCGCGUGGAGAACCCAACAACUACCGAGGGCGCGAGACCUGUGGUCAGAUGUACUCUAACGGUCGCUGGAAUGACCACAGAAGCUCCCACAGGAUACCGUCAGUCUGCGAGAGGAGUGCGUUUAGCUGGUGCCACUGACCCCAGUCCACACACAGGAUGAUUGGUUGUGAUGACAGAAAGUACAGGUAGUGGUGUGAACCCGACUGUCAACUUGAAACUACAUUUUCUCGCUAAAAUAAACACUAUCU